CUCAAGCACACAAGAGCUGCUAAUUGCUUUCUUUCUCCGUGAAAUUUUCAGAGAAACGGAUAAAAGCUGAAUUCUUGAGGGGUUUCAAGAACAGUUAAGUCUCUGAAUCGAGGAGAGGGGAAGAGGGAUCGCUGGGAUUUUCUGGGUUUUGGGGCUUUUGUUAUAUUGUGUAAUGGCGGAAACAUCUUCGCCUUGUUUGGUGCGGUCAUUCUCCCAGCCUUCAUCCAAGUCCUACGAUGGGCAUGAGGAAGAUCUUCUUCGGGCACUAUCGUCGUCAAUUUCGUUUGGGAGAUACAUGUCAGAAUCAUUGGCAUGGGAGAAGUGGUCUGCAUUCAGUAGUCAUAACAAGUACAGAGAAGAAGCUGAGAGGUACUCCAGGCCUGGUUCUGUUGCAGAGAAGAAAGCGUUCUUUGAGGCGCGUUACAAGAAGAUUGCUGCCAAAAAGGCUGCAGCUUCUUCGGUUGAGCAGCCGAGUGGAGGAGCUGAUGAUCAUCAUUCCUCUGAUCUGAGCUAUGAGGCAGCAGAAAAUGCAAAAGAUGUGAGCACUGAGGGAGAAGAAGUUUCUAAUGCUGAGGUUUCUGUCACUUCUGGGUGUUAUGCAGAUACAGAAAUGGCAAAACAAUCAACAGAACAGCCUGUAUUCAUUGAGAACCAAGUGGAAUCAAUGAAGCAGGAGGGAGUUGAUAGAGGCGUCGAUAAGAACAGGCCGUGCCAAGAUGAAAAGAUGGACACAAAGGGAACUUUUGCAAUGGGAGUCUCAUUGGUGUCUCGUGAGGCGAUGGCUACGAAACCAUCAACUAAAUGUGGAUUGCCCAAGCCCCCACCACCUGUUAAACCACCAUCCAUUCAAUCCAAGAAGACUGAACAUUCUACUACUCCAACCAGUAGUAAGCUCACUGCUAAAGGCUCAGCAAUUAAGAAUCAGUUUGCUCCAAGAUCUCUUCAUGUGCCGAUCAACUUUGAGCGCGAUGAACCCAUCAAGAUGUCUUCUCCAAUUCUUCAGAAGAUUGUAAAUUCUAAACUUGUUAGAGCCAUUACUAAUUCAAUUCAAGAGAGCAGAUCCCAAAAGUCUCCUAUUACGGAAUCUGGCAUUUCAUUGUCAAAGAAUGUAACACCUGAGCCAGAUGUUCGUGUGUGUAUGGGCUCCGAGUCAGCAGAAAAUGUAAACCGUGUGGUCACUCAAGAAAAGCGGGGAGAAGAGUUGCCUAAUGCUGCUGUUCCAAAACAAACAGAACAACUUACAUUCAGUAACGAUCCGGUGGAACCACUGAAGCCGAAGGAAAUUGAUAGAGGUAUUGACAAGAAUAUAGCAUGCCUAGAUGAGAAGAUGAACACACAGGGUGCUGUUACAAAGGGAGACUCAUUGGUGUCAGAUGAAACAACUCAUUCAUCAACAGCUAUGAAACCAUCAACUAAAUAUGGAUUGUCCAAGCAUAGACCUGAUAAGCAACCAUCCAUUCAAUCCAAGAAGCCCGAGCAUUCUACUCCAAACCGCGUGCACACUACUAAAGGCUGCACAAUCAAAUCACAGUCUGCUGCACUAUCGCUUCUUUUGUCAGACAACGUUGAGCGUGAUGAACUCAUCAAACCGUCUUCUCCAAUGCUUCAGCGGAUCGUAAAUUCUAAAUUUGUCAGAGCCAUUACUAAUACAACUCGAGAGAGCAGACCUCAAAAAUCUCCUUUUAGGGCAUCAAGCUAUUCAUCAUCGAAGCAUGUAACAUCAGAGCCAGAUAGCAGAAGGACAAUAACACUACCAGAUUCUUCACUUUCUAGGAGCAGAAUCACACCAAGCACUGGCAAUUCAAAAUCUCCAACUGCACAUGGAAGUAAAACACAACCUUCUUCCACUACAUGUUCUUCGUUUGUCUUCAGGAGCGAGGAAAGAGCAAUAAAACGUAAAGAGUUCUAUGAGAAGCUAGAACAAAAGCUGAAAGAAGAGCAGCAGUUGCAAACCAAAACAAUGAGUAAAAGAACAAACGAGCCUACAGCAUCGAGUGCAUGUGCCCCGAGGGCUAAACCAAAUGCGACUAAUCAUCACACACGAGAUCCAUCUGGUAACCCCACGAAGAAGAUGCCCGAAACAGCACAACCUUGCUCACCGAAGCUGGGAAAGAAGCCUGUUUCGAGAGUGCAGGAGAAUGGCUCUAGACCACCCUGGCGGUUUCCAGGAAAAUCUGAGAGCCUCAAAGACGUCGUGGGAAAGACUAACAACAAGCCCUUCAUCCAUUCUACAAAAUUGUUUCUGAAAGAAAGUAGACAUGAAAAUGCUUCCCCAAAUAUCCAACAAUGAGUAAAGAAUUUGCAGAACUACAGAUCAUCUGAGCUUGAUAUUUCCUCUAAUAUCUACCCUUAUCUGAAGUACAUAUAUACGUGUAGCUUAUAAAUAUUGAGGGUCUGCAUGCUCAUAGCAAGCAGAUAUAUAGGAAAAACAUGAACUGUUGUUUGCACUUUGCAGUUCCAAUAUACCAAUAUUGUAAUGCUUAUGUGGUCAUUAAUAUUUCUGCAGAGGUUUACUAAUAUGUAGAAUAUCAUUUGUUU